AUGGGCAAAAGCGUUGAAGAGUCACCGCACGCCGCCGUGUGUAGGGGCCGUAAGAGCAAUGGUCCUUUCCUCCGGAGCGUCACACCUCGGCCAGAUUCUUCCGUCACUUUCAUCGGUGCCAUUUCUUGGAUUGCUUUCUUCUCCUACCUGAUGGUGUGGUGGGCUCACCAGGUUGGAGAAACGUUCUGGAUUACGGAGGAGAUAAUGGGACUGACUAUACUAGCAGCCGGCACUUCAAUCCCGGACCUGAUCACCAGUGUGAUUGUGGCGCGAAAAGGACUGGGUGACAUGGCCGUGUCCAGCUCUGUCGGCUCCAACAUCUUUGAUAUCACUGUGGGUCUGCCAUUCCCCUGGCUCAUCUACCACAUCAUCAACGACUUCAAACCGAUCCAGGUCAGCAGCAACGGACUGUUCUGCGCCAUCGUCCUACUCUUCCUCAUGCUCCUCUUUGUCAUCAUCUCCAUCGCGGCUUGCAACUGGAAAAUGAGCAAGUCUCUGGGCCUUCUCAUGUUCCUGCUGUACGUUGUGUUCCUGGUCCUCAGCGUCAUGCUGGAGGACAAAAUCAUUACCUGCCCCAUCACCGUCUGA